CUCCACACUCGUCGCUCGAGGGAAGGUCCAGCCUUUUGCCCCAACGUCACCAGUUCCAGAGGUAGAAAGCGGGAAGCAUUCAAUUCCACACCCACUCUCUCCAUCUUUAAACACUUCAAUUUCCUCCUUUCCCUUUGACCUCUACAGAUCCUUCAAUCCAAAACUCAGUCACAAUCACCAUUAUCAAUACCCUCAACAAUGGCUCUCCCCGCCCCAAGCACAGACCCAAACACCCUCAUCGCCCAAGAAAGCAGCGAAGACUACAAAUUCCGCACCUUCACCGCCGAAACAGCGUGGACCCUCGGUACCGCCCUCCGAACCCGCCUGCUCUCCCUCCCAGCCUCCCAACGCAAACCCGCCCUGAUCUCCAUCGCCCUCGCAACGGCUACAUCCCCCAACCCACCACACGUUCUGUUCCAAUGCGCGACGGAAUCUGGGACCAUCCCGGAUAACGAGAACUGGGUGCGGCGCAAGCGGAAUACGGUGCUGCGCUUUGGGAUGUCCAGCUGGGCGAUGCGGAUGAAGGUGCUUGCCGGGUUGAGCGGCAGUGAGAGUGCGAGUGCGGUUGAGGAGGCGUUUUUGAAAAAGUAUGCGCUGGCGAGUUCGAGUGGGGGUGCCGUUGCGGAUGAGUAUGCUAUUCAUGGGGGUGGGUAUCCGAUUCGGGUGAGGGGGGUGGAGGGGGUUGUUGCUGUCGUUGUUGUUAGUGGGUUGAAGCAGGAGGAUGAUCAUGCGGUGGUGGCCGAGACGAUCAAGCAGGUUAUCAAGGAGCAGAAGUAGGGUGUUAGAUGGACGUGGAGACGGUUGAGCGGAUAGAUUGUAUAGAUAUCGAGAAUAGAAAAAGCUCUACAACUACGGAGUACGAUAUGGAAAGAAAAGUAGUGUAUGCAAAGGUAUCAUG